UAAUAAUGGCUCAGAUAACCGCCGUGAUCUUCCUCUUAGCCACACUGUUGAUGGUAGCCACGACUGUUUCAGGACAGGGACCACAUAUCCCGCUGGCUCCUAGUCCUGCAAUCAACGAGGUUAUGAACUGUACUUCGGGUUUGGCUGUUUGUGCUCCAGCAAUUAUUCAGGGAGGAACUCCGUCGCCGGAAUGCUGCACUGCCAUAGAGACUGCGGUGAACACGCAGCUAUCUUGUCUUUGCAAAUUUAUCAAAAGCCCUAUGUUGUUUGUCCCUUUCAAUGUUACCACCUUCAACGCUCUUUUCUCCCAAACUUGUGGACUCACCGCCGAUCCAAACUUGUGUUCCAAAACUACUGCUCAAGCUCCUUUGCCGCAGACGAAAGCACCAAGUCCAGUACCAACCGAAUCUGACAAGGAUGCUGCAACUGCAAGCAAACUCGCGGGAACAGGCUUGGUCGGAAUCGUCUUGAUCACGAUCUCUGCGAUGUUUUAUUAAAAUCUUAAUUUCUUUGGACUUGAUCGUCAUGAUCACGCUCAUAAGUCAUAACCACAUUAUGUGAGAAUUACGUUUGGACUUUGGUUUAGUUCCAUGGAUUUUAAUUUCGGCUGUUUGUUUUUUACAUUUACAAUUUUGAAUGUUUUUGGCUUCAAAAUUGUUUUUGUCGUCAAUAUUGUUUCACCGAUGCAUAAAAAAAAGAGGGAGAUGCGUUUUAU